GUAAGAAACUGAGUUUUUAUUUACUGUGACACGUUUGUUCAGAAAACGGGUCCUUCUCCCCCAACAGUGCUGUGGAUUUUUGGGCUUUUUGGCCACAUUUGACCCCUGCCGUCACCACUGAGAGUCCUUCCAGCCACUCAAGGUCCGUCCCAGCCCCCAGUUCGGCUCGGGGGUUGCGGGGUGCAUGUUACCUCACUACAGCUGCCCUUAGCACUCAUCCUACGGGGCAGCGCCGGCUUAUUUCUGUACUGCCCCGAAGAAACACAGGGAGGGUCAGAGGCACCGGCGGGCCUGGCUUCCCCCGGGUGGGCUCCCCUCACGUCGGGGCCUCUCUCAGCCCCGAGCAGGGCCAGGCCACCUCAGGAGCGAAGCCCCCGACCCCGCGGAACGCUUUCGCAGACCCGCGGCUCUCCCGGGCCCGCCAAACCCCCGCCCCCCCACCGACUCCCUCACACAAACACGGCACGGGGCGGAGCGAUGAAAUGGGCGGGAAACAAUAUCCGCUCUCUAGUGGCUCAGCCCGCUGUCCAUCAUCAUAACACCGCCUCACGUCGCUGUGCUCGUUAUUGCUAUUCGCCGGGCGGUGACGUCACCGACGCGAGCACGCCCCGCCCUCACCCCUCUGCGUGCCGUGUGCAAAGGCAACACAGCCGUUAAACGAGCCGCGGGGCGGAGCCAGUGAUGGACAGGGAAAGAAGCGGAUCGCCCAUUGGGCGCCGCGGGAUGUUCAAAUUAGUAUGGGAGGCGAUGAUUGGUGGCGACGCGGCGCGGCCCGCCGCCCCCGCCCGGGCGGGUCAUUGUCUGGCGGCUCCUGAGGCGGGUCGGGCGCGGCGGUGGCUUUGGGGUUCGGACGGCGGCAGUGGUAUCAUGGCUGGUGGCAAGGCGGGCAAGGACAGUGGCAAGGCCAAGGCCAAGGCUGUGUCGCGCUCCCAGAGAGCCGGGCUGCAGUUCCCAGUCGGCCGCAUCCACAGGCACCUGAAGACUCGGACCACCAGCCACGGGCGUGUGGGAGCCACGGCAGCCGUGUACAGUGCAGCCAUCCUCGAGUACCUGACUGCUGAGGUGCUGGAGCUGGCUGGGAACGCUUCCAAGGAUCUCAAAGUCAAGCGGAUCACGCCCCGGCACCUGCAGCUGGCGAUCCGUGGUGAUGAGGAGUUGGACUCCCUGAUCAAAGCCACCAUUGCUGGUGGAGGCGUCAUUCCCCACAUCCACAAGUCCCUGAUUGGAAAGAAGGGACAGCAGAAAACGGCGUAGAGGGAGUGCAGCACCGGAUCCCCCGUCAUCGUACUGUACCUGGGCACAGGAACAUCUCGGGGAUACGAGCAACUUUUUUCUAAGGAAUAGUUAAAAGGAAGAGCAUAGAGGAUUGACUGUAGAGGAAAUAUUGGGAUGGGUUUAGAUUCUGAGUAGGACACAACGCGGGCUGUGGGGUGGCAGCCAGGGGUGGGCGAGUGGCUCGGCUGCCCCCAAGUUUUAUACAAAAAUGGAACCCAUAAACAAUUUUUUACAAAAAUCCUGAGUGUUGUCUCCAGUGGUGGUGGGGGUAGGGGUGUGGGCAUGCCCCCAGUACCAGGGCAUCCCAUCAAAUAAGCGCCUGUGCCAAUACACUGUGAGCGACAAGCCCUAUGCAGAUGUUUGGUGGGGUGGGGCAUGUUCCAAGGCCCUGCCUGCCGGGAGCACAUGGCCGGGUCUGUCCAUCUGUCCUGGCCUGGACACAGGAGUGUUUGUGUGUGCCUGUCCCACCCAGAGGGGUGUGCAUCUGAACUGUGCCUGCGAGUGUCUGUAUGUCCAUGUGGUGCAGGGCUGGGCGUGCCAGUGACCUGGCAGCCCGCAGCAAAUGGCUGCUGGGAGUCCGGUGUCUGUCAGAUCUGGCUGUGUGUGGGUGCCAGAUCUGUCUCUCCGGGGCGUCUGUCUGUCUGUCUGUCUGUGGUUGGAGGGUAUGUCAGUCCUGGGUGUCCUGGACACAUGGCUCCUGCCCAGGCUCCAGCCGAGCCCUGUAUGGAGCAGCUGGAUACGGGAGUGCUCCGAGCCGGGCCCGGAGGCGGUGGCGGGAGGGGAGCCUGACCGGCGGCGGCUCCUGCACUGGCAACACUGGGCGCCGGUUGCAUCAGGCGUCAAGUGGCACCAAUGGCAUAGGGCACCAUCAGGGCCGCGCCCGGGCUCAGACCAGCCCCGCCGGGCCGUGGCGCCAAGGGCAGCCGUGGGACCGGUUGCGACUGGGGCCGGGGCCGGGGCCCGGCCGAGUUCGGUCCCGGCCGAGUUCGGUCCCGGCCGGCCCGAUGUCGCACAAUGGCGACGCCGGUCAGCGCAAGAUGGCGGAGGGGGCCGGGCCGUCCUCGCUGCCCGCGGGCCGUGUACUGCGCAUGCGCUCUUCAUGCCGUCGCCGGGCGCAUGCGUGCACCGCCGCACGCAUCGAGCCCCGGAGCCCCCCGGGAGGCACCAUGCGGCCACUACGGGGGAGUAUGCAGGGCGCAUCAGUGCCCGCCCGCAACGCUGCGCCAUGCUGGGCAGAGGAGCCGGCCUGACUGGCGCUUUAGAUCCUGUGAGUGCCCGGUUGGCGGCGGGGCGCUACGGGCUGCCCCGGGGGUUGAGCCCAAGCUCCGCGUUACGUAACGUGUUCCCCCUGCCUGACUGCAGUGGUUCUGGACCUCCGCCCCCGUGGCGCGUAUUACGCUCACCAUUGGCUGGACGCAGCAGCGGGGCGGGGCGAGAAGGCUAUAAAUAAAGGCGCUGAGAAAGGGGCCGCGUUCAGACCAUCGCUGCAGUGGUUUGGUUUUGUUGCUCCGGUGCUUUCCCCUUCCGCCUGUCGCCGCCCAUCGCGUCGCCAUGAACGGGCAACUGAACGGCUUCCCCGACGUGUUAAUCGAGGAGGGCACCUUCCUCUUUACCUCCGAAUCCGUGGGCGAGGGGCACCCAG